UGGCCGUGAAGUGAGCAUUUGUUCCACCACCUGCCCCUACAGGGAUCUACUGCCCCGGGCUAUGGGCCAGAGACCCGCAACACUGACUUACUCCAGCACUGCUCUCUGUGAGCUGGCACAUUUCAGGAGCAGCAUUCAGGCUGAGUAGCCUGCUUGGCCAGGGAUCACCACAUGCCUCCUGCAUGCACAUUCCUGCUCAGAACCCAGAAGACACAGACGCACUGGGCUCUGAAUUCUUAUUGCUACAACAGGGAAGGUGAGGUGAGACAAGAACCACCACCCACAAGGACAGUGCACCCAUGGGAAGCCAAGCCCUGCCUGCAACUGGUGCCAUGGCAGCAGUGACCCAGGGCUUCCUCCUGGAACUGGCAGACCUACCUUCCAUAGAAACCAGUGACCUAUUUGAGGAGAGUCCCUUCUACUACGACUGGGAGAGUCUGCAGCUAGGUGGCAUGAUCUUCGGGGGGCUCCUGUGCAUCGCUGGGAUCGCCUGGGUCCUGAGUGGCAAGUGUAAAUGCAAGCGGAGCAAGGGGCACAGCCCCCUACCCGAGAAGGGUACUUCAAUCCUCACGGCAGGUGUCAGUGCUUGCUGAGCCCAGGACCAGCCUAGUGGAACUCACUGCCCACAGCCUCACCUCUGGCUCCCUCCUAGGAUGGCCUGAUCCCUUCUGGAGCUCAUUUAUCUAUUAAACAGUCUCCACCAUGCCUGUGGCCUCAUGGCCUCUGUGGGUCACCCGGGAAAGUCGAGGUACACUCAGUGGUCUCCUGUAGCCCCAUUUCACCUCCUACCUUGAACCCUAUCCCUCACAUGACCCAUGGCUGGGCUCCCCACAGCAAGCCCACAGGGGCUCAAGGCCAUGUAAGGCCACAGAAUUAUAACACAAAGAUCCCCAGUUUCCAGCCUUGCCCUGAAGACCCAAGGAGCCCAUGGCCCAGAACAACCCGAUGGCCACCCUUCUGAGAGCACCGAGAACCCCCUCACCCAGCACCUGGCCCCUGGUCCUGUGACUCUAGGUGGCAGUUCCUUUGAGCCCCCCGCUCCAGCAGUCAACACAGCACAGGGAACACUCACCCCUAGUUUCCUUGAGACCCCAGUUAGAGCCACAGCCAAGAUCCCUGAAGCUGGCAGCUUUAGAGCCCAA